GUUCUUUCCUGUUUUUUCCAACUAAAUUUACACUUUUUAUCCUUCUCUUUCUACACACUCUUUUCUGUCAGAAAAAUACUGCAGUUUUGAAUAAACUUCUCAAUUCCCAUAAUCCAAUAUGGAAUUUUAGUAAGUUCCCAACUUUAUAAAUUUUCUCUACCAAUCACUUCAUUUUCCCACUUUCUAGUUUCUACUCUUUGUCAUUGCUUCUUCACCUCUCUCAAGUCUCAACUCUUAUAACCAAAGGAGGCAAAAAAAUAAAAAUAAAAAGUUUGCAACUUUCUGACACCAUCUUUAUAGCAUUAAUUGCUAGUGUCUUAAAAAUGCUUGUUUUGUAUUGGCUACACCUAAAGUUCCAAACUUUAAGCUACCUCAAAAAAACCCACUUUCAUUUCAAGUUCCAUUAGAUUAGAUUCACCAAAAAAGACUUUGUUUUACACAACUAUUUUCAUCUUUUUUGGUGUGUGGAAUCUUGAGAGUUUCUUUCCAUGAACAAAGCUCAAACUGAAAUCACUAUCCCUCACUUGUUUAGAUGCCCUAUAAGUCUUGAUUUGUUGGAAGAUCCAGUGACUUUAACCACUGGCCAAACCUAUGAUAGAUCAAGCAUAGAGAAAUGGAUUUCUGCAGAUUCUCAACUCUCAGAAAAUCACAUGGAAUUUGUGGAGAUAGCACUUUCUUGCAUCCUUAAAUUGUUACCUAUUGUAAAUUUGGAACCUCUAAAUAUCAUCAAAGAUGAAUCUAAGUUGGAAAGGUUCAUAUUUUUAUUUGAAAAAGGAACUAGUUCAAUCAAGACUAGUUUGUGUCUUGUUAUAGAUCAUUCAACAGCAACAGCACAAACAGAAGAGGUUUGUGAAGUACUAGGAAAUUCACAAAAACUAGUACAUGAAAUUGUUCAAGUUGUUUUUAACAAAAACUAUGAUAAAGUUUCUGAGGCUGCAAUUAAGGCCUUAUCAGCAUUAUGUUCAUUGGAAUCAAACAAAGAGAGUCUAGUGAAAGGAGGAGCAAUAAAUGGAAUCAUAACAUAUAUUUCAAGAUGUGAAAAUAGACAGAAGAAUUUGGCUCCACUAGCAAUGGCAACAAUGAAGAAACUUUUGGUGUUAGAGAGUGGUAAAGAGGCAUUGGUGAAUCAUGUAAAUGGUAUUGAAACUUUGGUGAAGAUGGUUUUCAAGGUGUGUAAUCAAGAGUGUAGUGAGAGUGCUGUUGAGAUACUUUCAAUUGUUUGUAGUGAUUUUGGGAGUGCUAGAGAGGUAGCUAUUGGAGCUGGUGUUUUGAGUCAGUUAUUGUUUCUUCUGCAGAGUCAGUGUGGUACCAAAACAAAAACUAAGGCAAGAAUGUUGCUCAAGUUGUUGAGAUCCAAGUGGAAUGAGGAAUCAAUGCAGCUUUAGAUAGAUUAUACUAAAUUGUGAAUAUAAUAGUAUUAUUGAUCAGUAUUUGAUUUGAA